AUGGUCAUUCAUAAGUUAGCUCUACCACCUCAACCACCACCAAAAGAGUCAUUUGCUCGACUUUACAAGUUUCUCUGGCCUAUGCUUGUGGCUGUCAAUCUUGCUUUGCGGGAACCAAUACCAGAGGAUUAGUAGCACGAACUUUUCAAGUGGAUGUUGGAAGAGAAAAGGAAGAUCAAACCAAAAGAUCCUGAAGAAAAAAAGCGCAUUGAUGAAGAGAAAGUCAUUCUCAAACAGUUUAUUCAAGCAAAACCUAUCCAUAAUAUCUAA